AUGGAUUUAGUCGACCUCUACCUCCCGGAGUGCUUCACCUACCACUCUGACACAGGACAUCUGGGCAGGAUGUCAGUGAGGGGCUUGGACCCCACCUGUCCCUCCACAAUAAAGCGUGAACCCUCCAGCCCCAGCUCUCAGGGGGACGUCAGCCCGGCCCAGCCCAGUCCUGGAAGCUCCUCGUCGGACACCAACUCCAGCUACGGGGCCCUGGUCAAAGGCCAUCACAAUCACAGCAAUGGGCUGGACUCUCCAGGCCUCUACGGUCACACAGCGGGGUUGACCAACAAUACAGCAGCAAAUAGGAUGUUUGUGGAGGAAGAAAGCCAAGUGAAGUGUGAAUACAUGCUGGGCUCGGUGGCCAAGCGUGUGUGUCUGGUGUGCGGCGACGUUGCCUCGGGCUACCACUACGGUGUGGCCUCCUGUGAAGCCUGCAAGGCCUUCUUCAAGAGGACCAUCCAGGGUAACAUUGACUACAGCUGCCCGGCGUCCAAUGAAUGUGAAAUCACCAAGAGAAGGAGGAAAUCCUGCCAGGCCUGUCGAUUCGUGAAAUGUCUGUCCGUGGGCAUGUUGAGAGAAGGUGUGCGUUUGGACCGGGUUCGAGGUGGCAGACAGAAGUACAAGAGGAGAAUAGAUUCUGAGAACAGCCCGUAUCUGCACCCACAGAACUCCUUGCCUCAGAAAAAAACAUACUUUGUUGGCAGUGUGGUAGAAAACAAAGUGGUGUCUCUGCUGCUGGUGGCCGAGCCAGAGGGCAUCUUCGCCAUGCCUGACCCCACUGUACCUGAGAGCGACAUCAAGGCUCUGACCACACUGUGCGAUCUGGCUGACAGAGAGCUGGUGGUCAACAUCGGCUGGGCCAAACACAUCCCAGGCUUCCCCUCCCUCUCUCUGGCUGACCAGAUGAGUCUACUGCAGAGCGGCUGGAUGGAGAUUUUGAUUCUUAGAGUGGUGUUCCGCUCGCUGGUCUUGGAGGACAAGCUGGUGUACGCCGAGGACUACAUCAUGGACGAGGAGCAGUCGAAGCUCGCCGGGUUGCUCGACCUCAACAACGCCAUCCUGCAGCUGGUGAAGAAGUACAAAGCUAUGGGGCUGGAGAAGGAGGAGUUUGUGGUCCUCAAGGCUAUCGCGCUCGCUAAUUCAGACUCCAUGCAAAUUGAGGACUUAGAGGCAGUUCAGAGACUCCAGGAUGUCCUCCACGGGGCCCUUCAGGACCACGAGGCCACCCACCACCCAGAGGACGCUCGGCGGGCCGGCAAGCUGAUCAUGACCCUCCCUCUCCUCCGUCAGACGGCCGCUCGUGCUGUCCAGCACUUCUGCAGCAUCAAACAGGACGGCCGCGUGCCCAUGCACAAACUGUUCCUCGAACUGCUGGAGGCCAAGGCCUGA